AUGUUCAAUAACAGGCACUGGGUAUUCCAACAAGAUUCGGCGCCAGCUCAUAGAGCGAAGAGCACACAAGACUGGCUGGCGGCGCGUGAAAUCGACUUCAUCCGGCACGAAGACUGGCCCUCCUCCAGUCCAGAUUUGAAUCCGUUAGAUUACAAGAUAUGGCAACACUUGGAGGAAAAGGCGUGCUCAAAGCCUCAUCCCAAUUUGGAGUCACUCAAGACAUCCUUGAUUAAGGCAGCUGCCGAUAUUGACAUGGACCUCGUUCAUGGUGCUACUGCUGGGUUCCUCACCACUAUCGAUAAAUAUCCAUUUGCAACCGCCCUUCUAUGCAGCUUCGGAAGUAGUAACUACAAUAAGGCAUGCGGCGGCACAAUUUUAACAAAUUCGGCGAUUUUAUCCGCUGCGUCGUGCUUUUACAACGACGACAAUACGGAACAUCCAGCCAAUUGGUGGCGCGCAAGACUCGGAUCAUCUGACAGCAACUCGGGCGGUACCAUUUAUUUGAUCAGGAGAAUCGAUAGACACCCUGACUUCAAUCUCACCACGAGGAUUAAUGACAUCGCUGUACUUAGAACCUCGAUUAAUUUAAUCUUAGUACCGGGUUUGGUGGAGACAGCUUAUGUUGCUGGUGGCGCUUACCCCCUUACGAAUAGUCAAGCUGUCUGGGGUUUGGGAUGGGGAGAGAGUUCACAAGCUCUAUCGUCGGGACGGCUCCGUGAAAUGCAAUUGUGGAUAGCAGACCAGCAGUUUUGUGCCAACCGGUACAGUGACCUGGGUUUCGCUGUAACAAACAAUAUGCUAUGCACAGGUCCACCAUAUGAGGCCAUCAGAGGACAGUGUCAGGGUGACCACGGUAGUCCCUUAGUGCAUAAUGGAGUUGUGGUAGGCGUGUUCAUGAGGAUGGAAGAAUGUGAACUAGGAUAUCCUAAUAUUAAUACACGUGUGCCUUCCUACGCUAGGUGGAUUGAGGCAACAGUUGUUUCUAAUUAA